AUGCCCAGCCACGUACCUCUACCAGGCAGAAACAUGACCAGCAACAAACCGCCAUUACCAAGCCCAAAACCUGUCUCGCAACUUCAACGAACCAAUCCCCGCCAAUUCCAGAUCGGUCAACUGAUCAAAAGAUUCGCUCCAUCCCAGAAAGAAAUCAGUGAUGCCACCGUUUUGUCCUUCACCCUGAAUCCAUCCGACCCCGACUUUCCCUUUGAAUUGGCUGGCCUUGAUUGCAAUCUGACCAUUCCAGCAUCAUUCCCUCAAAAUGGCACGCCGACUCUCCGAAUCACUAACGCCGAAAUGGCCCGGGGCUUUCAGAUCAAUGUCGAAAAGGGCUUUCAGUCCUUGAUCAUUGAAUCGCCGCGGAAGCCUUUAUUGGCUUUACUGAACGACCUGGACAAGAACUUGGAACACUUCCUGACCGCUGAAAAGGCGCAUACAAUUAAGAUUGUGACCAAUACCGACAAGAAGCCCAGUCUCCCAAAUGUAGUGCCGCAAGUUGUGCAGCCCCCUUCAGCUCGGCCUGAAUAUGUUGCUCCUCCUGUCCCUUCAUGGUCGGCCCAGCAAUUGUCCGCUGCCAAGGGAAAGCGUCAGUCAGAUGUGCGCCAGCUUGAAGCACGAAUGGGCCGUCUGCUAGGUUUCUCCAAGAGUACUGAUGGGACCAGAUUCAAUAUCCCUGUCCAUAUUGCUAAUGCUGCACGGUUGCCGCCUUGUACCGUCCAUCUCAAUGGCGUUUACGGAAGCGAGGUGGAGGGCGUGCAGUUGUCCUUUGAGAGGCGUGCUCGUGAGCAAUUGGAAAUGACUCUCAUGGCACACAUCAAUCAUCUCAUUCAGAACAUCCAUACUCUCGCUGCAGAAGCUUCAACGACAAGUAUCCUGCCACCCCCUGCUCCCGAGCUGCCUCGGCCUCCCGUUGGCGAUGCAUCUCUUGUGGGAACAGGGAGAGAAACAGAGGAAAGCCAGAGAGUAUUAGACCCAGAUCAUCCCCAUGUCAUGGUAAUUCCAAGGCCCCCAGAAUGGGAUCGCCCUGGUUCAGGUUCCGAGUCUAGCUCAGAUUCAUAUGACUCGGAGGACUAUACAGAAUCGGAAGAUAAUUCUGAUGUGGACGAUGAUGGCCUCGCAGGCGGUGCUACGCUGCCAGACACAAGCGCAACAGCAUCGUCGACUGCACCAGAGAGAGGUAUUCUUCUCUCAUUCCCUAACCUCGAACUUCACGGCAUUGAACUCCUUACCAUCUCGUUCCUGUCGCUUUCUGUAAAAUGUCUUCGAUGCAAAACUCAACUCGACAUUUCCAACAUCAAGCCCAGCCUUAGCAGUUCAGCAAAAGAUGGCCGUUCUCCAUCCAGCACGAGCACUCGCACCGAAUCCUGUCCCAAGUGUUGUAGCUCAUUUGAGAUGACCUUCACUCCUCAGCUGUUACACCAGCACUCUGUACGAGCUGCCACCAUCGAGACCACGGGCUGUACCAUCGCAGACAUGCUCCCUUCGACCUUCCAGCCAACAUGCUCUGCAUGUUCGACACCAUUUCCCAGCCCCCCCGGCAUGAUUUCCGUCCGCGGUCACACACCAAUCCAAGUGUGCCGAUCAUGCCACUCGAAAAUGACCUUCACAAUUCCCGAAGUCAAGUUCCUCCGCUUGUCGACAGCAACCCACGAUCCACAGUCUCUGCCCCUCCGCAAACCCAAGCGCGAGAACCUCGGCGUCACAACCGGCAACCCUUUACCAUCCAACGGAACGUGCAGCCAUUACGCGCACUCAUAUCGCUGGUUCCGCUUCUCAUGCUGUGGGCGCGUCUAUCCAUGCGACCGCUGCCAUGACGCCGCCGAAUCUCAUGUUAACGAGCACGCCGAGCGCAUGCUGUGUGGCUGGUGCAGUCGCGAGCAGCGGUUCCGACCCGAAGACUGUGGAUUCUGCACCCGCAGCGUCAUCCGCAGACGCAGAGGCGCUGGCGCAGGCCGCUUCUGGGAGGGUGGCAAAGGCACUAGGGAAAGGGCGCUCAUGAGUCGCAAGGACAAGCACAAGUAUAAGAAUAAGCGCGCUGAAGGUUCGGCUGCGGCGGCUGCAAAGAAGGCUUGA